UUCACAUUUAAACAUCCGGAGAAAUAUCUGUCUCGUUCUAUCUGUGACAAAAUAUUUGACCAGCAUGGAGAACGUCCCACGAAAAAGAGUCGCUCGCUCUUCAAAACCAGGCAAAAGGGAUGGGAAGAGUGUAAAAGAAGCACAGGCCGCUGCAGAGGAAGCAAGAAGGAGAGAGGCAGUGAGGGAGACCCUGAGAGAGAAGCUGGAUCUGGAGAAGAGGGCUCUGCAGGUGGUGGAGCGUCUCUUGGAGGACAGCGUAGCAGACGACUUCCUGGUUGACUGUGCAAGGUUAAUCACUGCUGCCAAUUACAAAGACACAGUUGAGGAGAGGUCCAUUGUGAAGCUGUGCGGUUAUCCUGUCUGUUCAAACAAACUGGGCAAGGUCUCCACUCAACAGUUCAAAAUUUCCACCAAAACCAAUAAAGUCUAUGACAUCACGGAACGCAAGAGCUUCUGCAGUAACUUCUGCUACAAAGCCUCCAAGUCCUUUGAGCUGCAGAUAUCAAAGAGCCCUCUGUGGCUGAGGCAGCACGAGAGCCCCCCAGAUGUGAAAUUAAUGAAGAAAGGAGAUGGCGGUAGCACCGGAGAGGAGGUGAGGCUGGCUGAGAGACGUCUCAGAGAGGACGAUGUGGAGAACCCCCUUCCCUUGGACUCCGUGUCCUCCGAGGCCCCAGAGGACCCCAGGCGCUCCCCUACAGCCGGCCACAGCGACGACAGCGACGCAGAACACGACUUUGUCUCAAGCGUGGUCUCCCAGCGACGGGGACCCAGGGUGCACUGGGGCGAUCUGCCCAAGCGCACCGUCGAAGGGGAGGGUAGGGAACCUGGAGAGGGGGAGGACAGGGAGAGAAGGUCGGGAGGGAAGGACACAACAGUGCCCAAGCAAAUACAAACAAACGAGGCGGAAGACCAGGAGAAUACAGAAGAAUCACAGAAAGCACAAAGGAAGCCAAGCAAUGGGACAGAUGGACGCCAACAGCACACCACAGAUACGAACCACCAGAGUGAGCAGCAAUCUUUCCUGGGAGAGAGAGGGUCGCCAGAGGGCCAGUCUAUGGAGGAAGCUGCAGAGCUAUUGAGCCAAGUUACAAUACAGGAUCGAGACCCAGCCACAGCUACGUCUUCUGCACUAACAGCCUACAGUGUACAGAAUCAAGAACCAGCUCCAAACCCCAGUCCACGGGGGGACCCAGCACAGCCCACCCAGCCUGGCAUCAACAUCACCCAGGUGGGCAUGAGCAGAAGGGGAGCCCAGGGGCUCCGGGGGCUCCUCAAGGGCCACGAAGCCGGGACUAAACCUGUCUCGGUCCGGCUGAACCUUCUAGAAGGCCUAAGGAGGACCUUCACUGAAUGGAUGACUGAGGAGACUAUGAAGUUCCUAUAUGGCCCAGACCACUUUAGUAAAACACUGAUAGAAACAAAGGAGGAGGAGGAAGAGGAGCUAGAUGAAGAUGACUUGGAGGACAUUGUGAAGGAUGGUGGGGAGGGACGUGAGACUGACUCCCAAGUGGGUCCAGGAAGGCCCUUGGCCCCGGCCCCAGACUACGACACCCUACGCAGGGAGACAGAGGAGAUGGGGCUGAGGGUGAGGGAGUUCUACGAAGGGACGAAGGAAGUCCAGCGGUUGUCAGGGAAACAACAUGCCAGAGGCGGAGACUCAGAGAACCAGGGUGGGGCACUCCCGUUGGUUGACUCCCAUGCCCAGCACCUCAUCCAGAAACGGAUUACAGUGGAGAAGCUCACUAAAGGCCUGAGAGACAUCGUGGGUCCUCUGCGUCUCACCAUGACUGAUGUCUCCAGUGACCUCAACAGGCUGGUCAGAACCUUCAGGUUUACAAACACCAACAUCAUCCACAAAGGCCCAGAGUGGACCCUGAUUGCAGUGGUGCUCCUCCAUUUGUUAUCAGAGGUGUCCCCAGUGGUGCGGGAGGCCCUGGAGAGGCCGGCCUCAGUCGAUUACCUCUCUACUCUGAUGCAGGAGCUCCCACUGCUGGACCGGGACCUGCAGAGCCUGGUCCAGCUACUCAGAACCGCAGAGCUCUGUCCACACGAGCACACAGAAAAACGGCAGACAAAUCAAUGAAAGUCUAUUCUUCUUCUGGACAACAUUGUCCCCUAUUAUAAGAACUGAUGGUGUCUGUCUGGACUAAUGGUGUCUGUCUGGACUAAUGCUGUCUGUCUGUCUUCUGGACAACAUUGUCCCCUAUUAUAAGAACUGAUGGGGUCUGUCUGUACUAAUGGUGUCUGUCUGUCUUCUGGACAACAUUGUCCCCUAUUAUAAGAACUGCGGGGGAAGGGAGACGUCAGUCCGGUUAUCCUUUUUAUUUAUUUUGGUUGCUUUUUCGGUUUUGUUGAUUUUAUAUUUGUUGAUUGCUUGUGUUGUGUUAUUGGGAAUUAAGAGUAAAAUAAUGACUUUCGUCUUCUCUCGGGCAAUGUAC